AUGCAAACCGCUGCGGCCUACGUUUGGGCUGCACAAGUUCGCAAGGAAGCGGUCUCAAGAUCAGAAGUUCGAGCAACCCAAACCGGCGGAUCACAUAAAUCAUCGCGUUCAAACAAGCAAAAAUACGUCAACGAUGGUCAGCGAUUGUCCAAGCAGGAUCGGACAUUGUUUCUCUAUCGUCUUCUUGCUUGUUGUGCUUCUUUGCUGGUGCUGAUAUUUUCCACUCUGCCCCAACUAAUCAUUGCCGUGGCCAGACCGAUUAGUUCGAAUUCGAUCGAUACUCUGUGGGGCUGGUGUCACGUUGUGACCUAUACGGAUGCAUCCACGCGUUGUUUUGUCACCUAUCUGAUAGUAGUUCCAUUUGGUCUGUUAUUUUGGAAUUUCAUAUUUGGGGAAAUACUACCGCGACCACAUCUUCUGACAGACAAUGUUUUCGCAGUCAUCCUGCGAGCUUCGAUUCCCAUUGCUUUGUUUUCUUUCAUUACUCCUAUUCCAAUGGUAGCCAAGCGAUUUGUUCCACAGUACGAGGAAGGUUUGACCAAAUGCGGUGGAUCGCCCGAUGGUGUACUAUUUACGCUUUAUUAUGAUUUUAUUGUCACUCGAGUGAUCCCGGUCAUCUGUAUCAUAAUUAUUGCUCUUGGAUUUCUGCGCUGGCUACCACGCAAUGACUAUGGUGUCUUUUACGAACCGGGUAUUUUCACAGUGUUCUCUCUACCGAUUAUUCUGUGCGAAUCGGUCAUCCACGUGUAUCACCGAAUCGGGAUUGUAGACAAGCUGGUUGAACCGAAUUUCAGUAAUUUUAUGCUUAUCACAUAUGCCGUGUAUCACAUGUCGUUUAGUUCCACAUUUGUCUUGGCCACGCUUCGCUCCGUGGUAUCGGAAAUCCGGGAAGAGAUGCGUAAACGUCAGCUAUUUUUCCUCGGGGAGACAGGAGAAGAGGCCGAACAAGAGGCGGAGCGAAUUCACGGAACCAAACGCCAAACAGACAUGAUUCAUGGUCUGCAGAAGCAAUUUUCGGUGGCGUUCCGAUGGAAACCGGAUUUCACAGAGGAGGAAUCACGUACGUUUUCCAUAAGCCCAAUUGAACGACUCUCCAUGGGUGCUUCAAAUGUGGAUAACACGGAGGCAAGCUAUCGACACGAUUCUGCUGAAAGGACUGAUAUUGAUGAACCGAAUGGAAAACAGGUUCCCGUGGAUGAUGCAGUUCUUCAUUAUGCCAUAUUGCAGCGUUCCGCGCAUUUGAAGCAGCAGUCACGAAAACAGUGA